GUGUUCAACACCAUCAUCGGGGGGUCGGGGUCGAAGCUAGAGCGCGCGCUGGGAGAUGCGUUUCCUGAGGGGGAGAGGUACUUUGGGCUGGAGAACUUUGGCAACACGUGCUACUGCAACAGCGUGCUGCAGGCGCUCUACUUCUGUGUGCCAUUCCGCGAGCACCUACUGGACUACUACGCCAAGCACAAGCCAGCCAAUGAGUCCGAGGAGACGCUCCUCACGUGCCUUGCAGAGCUCUUCAACCAGAUCAACUCACAGAAGCGCAAGACGGGGGACAUUGCACCGCGCCGCUUUGUGCAGCGAGUGAAGAAGCAGAAGGAGCUCUUUCGUAGCUACAUGCACCAGGACGCACACGAGUUCCUCAACUUCCUUCUCAACGAGCUCGUUGAUAUUCUCGAGAAGGAGGCACGGGCAGGCAGAGCAGAGGCGGGGAGGAUUAUCCACCCCAACCCCCCUGCUGCUGCUCCCGCUGCCCCUGCUGCUGCUGCUGCUUCAGGUGGUGCUGCUGCUGUUGCUGCUGUGUGUGCUGCUGGGGUGGGUGCUGCUGGGGUGGGUGCUGCUGGGGUAGGUGCUGCUGGGGUGGGUGCUGCUGGGGUGGGUGCUGCUGGGGUGGGUGCUGCUGGGGUGGGUGCUGCUGGGGUGGGUGCUGCUGGGGUGGGUGCUGCUGGGGUGGGUGCUGCUGGGGGCACACUAACAAACGAGACACGCUGUCUGUGCUGUGAGACGGUGACUGCUAGAGAUGAAGCCUUCUUGGACCUCUCAUUGGACAUCGAGCAGAACAGCAGCGUCACCAGCUACCUGCGCAACCUUCUCUCCUCCCUCCCACUCCCCCUCCCGCCCUCCCUUCUUCCGCCUCCCCCUCCCACCCUCCCUUCUCCUGCCUCCCCUUCCCACCGUCCCGCCACCCCCCUCUCCCUCCCACCCUCCCGUCUCCCUCCCGAGGGCAUGUUAACGAAUGAGACGCGCGGCCUGUGCUGUGAGACAGCGGUGGCACGGGAUGAGGCCCUACUGGACCUGUCUUUGAGCUUGGGCACCUUGACAAACGAAACCCGUUGUUUGUGCUGUGAAACAGUGACUGCUCGGGACGAGGCGUUUCUGGACCUCUCAUUGGACAUCGAGCAGAACAGCAGUGUCACCAGCUGCCUUCGCAACUUCUCCUCCACAGAGACUUUGAAUGGCAACGACAAGUUUUUCUGCGACACGUGCUGCAGCUUACAGGAGGCGCAGAAGCGGAUGCGCAUCAAGGUGCCUCCCCGCGUGUUAGCCCUGCACCUGAAGCGCUUCAAGUUCAUGGAGCAGCUGGGGCGCUACAAGAAGCUCUCCUACCGCGUCGUCUUCCCGCUCCACCUGCGCCUCUGCAACACCGUCGACGACGCGCCUGGCGCCGAGGCUGAAUAUUCCCUCUUCGCUGUGAUAGUCCACGUGGGGAGCGGGCCCAACCACGGGCACUACGUGGCUCUCGUGAAGAGCCACAGCCACUGGUUGUUUUUCGACGAUGAGAACGUGGAGCAGAUAGAUGAGUCGCUGGUUCAGACUGGUGGCAGUGGCAUUGCUGGGGCUGCUGCUCCUUGUGCUGCUGCUUAA